GGGCCGCUUACUUCUGCCCACCCGAGCGAGAAAGCUGGCGCAGGCUGUAGUUUCUGCUCGUAUCGUUCGAUGGCUGAUGGACGGUGCAGCGCGAAGGACGUCCCUCGGCAGUAGAACUUCCUAAGUCAGAGGAUCUCGUUCCUCCGCCUCCGCCGCCGCCGCCUUUCAUCCUGCUAGGCACAUCAGGGCUUCCAGAAUUGAUUCGCGUUCGGUGGGUCUUAGCUAGAGGUAAAAUUUGGAAUUGGAGGCAUACGGGAUUUGAUUCCGCUACUUCAGUCAGGAUACUCGACUACUGCCUCGCCCGGUUAAUUUGGCGAGGACGAUGAAUCGUGCGUUCGCCAACGUCAUAGUGCGCGAUUACGGCAGUAAAUUUUACUCGCUGCUCCGGGUCAACCUCAAGCAGCAUCUCUUCCACCGCUCAGCAGCAGCAGCAGAAAAGGCGAGUAACAAGAAGGGACUGCCAUCGGCGAUCCCGAGCUUGGAGCCUCUGCCCGAGCACAAGAUCAACUUCUCGACGCCGCCACAAAGAUGGACGGCGCAACGGACUUGCACUUCUUCUCCCUGCUGAAAGGGCAGGCAGAGGGCCGUGUCAUGUUCGCCGGCCCUUUCGCCAAUCCCGUGAUGUACGACAUUGACAUGGACGCCGUCAUCGCCAUGCCCCAGACUAACUUCAGCAAACAGAGGGACUCAAUCUCCUUGUCCAUGACUAGGCCUGGGAGCCAAGACGACGACGAACAGCACUAUGUCUUGAGCAAAGAACCGAGCAAUGUCUUGUUUGAGGUCUUGGAGUACGGGAGGAACGGCUCCGCCAGGGGGGGUCCAUCCGCUGGGACUGAACGGAGGUGGCACUGGCAACAUCUGCCCUCGCCGCCGAUGCGUGGACCGUACCUGCCUAGCCUCCACAGGAGAGAGGUCAUCCACCCCUCCGCGGCGGCGGUGGUCGAUGAGACGACUUUGUGUGUGUCGUCUGUGGAAACCGGAGCCUAUGCCUUUGACACGGUGAAAGGUGAGUGGAGGAAGGCUGGAAGCUGGGCGCUGCCCUUCCAUGGCGCGGCGGAGUACGUCCCUGAACUCGGCCUCUGGUUUGGCGUCAAUGCUGCCGUCGGCAACACCCACCACUGUCUGGGUGCCUUCGACCUGUCUUCCUGGCCACCCGUGGAGCACCGCACCUGGAACUAUCUUGAUCCGCUGUCCGACAAGUGGUUGACAUGGCAGAGGCACCUACUCAACCUUGGCUCAGGCAAGUUCUGCAUCGCCACCAGCUUUCAAAAUAUCGAGUGGCACACACCAUGUAAUGCAGCAGGCUACCCUUUACACGGGCUAGAUGAUGAGAUGGUGGUCAAUGACCUUAUCAUCUUGACGGGCGUCGAGGUUGUGCGUUGUGGCGACAGGCUCAAGAUGAUCAACCACAAGUCUAAACACCUUGAAGGCAUUGAAAUCCACUGCGUGCUCUGACCCAAAACUCGUCUGUUUCUUCGGGACUAGAUGUGUGCGGGGUUCAUUUCUUCUUGGAUCGUAGUGAAAUUAUAUGUGCAAGGGGUUCAUUUCUUCUCGGAUCGUAAUGAAAUUAUAUGCUUCUCUUUCAUGGCCAUGAAGGAAACUUUGCAGGAUGCGCAUCUGUCCUGAUUGUUUUCUCGUUGGAGUUUAGAUCACUGUAGAUACUCCCUCGUAUAUAAGAUUCUCAAUUCUAGACCUGUUUGAUUUUUGUGAAUUUUUUUUGCAACCUGAAUCGACCAAUAACGGAGCAAGGUGAGUUCUCAGCUCAAACACACAGGAUAUAUGUUAGUCAUGUUUCGCCCGCAGCUGUGCCGACCAUCCUUGCAUCAGCAAAGUUAAUACUUCACAUCUAAUUUCAUUGAUCUAUCACACCUGUCUCCGUUUCAUGUAUGUCGUCGUUCUACUUGUAUCUUAUUAUUGAGCAAGACUAGGCUCACUCCAAAUCCUACAGGCGUGUCUUGCUAUGAUGAGGCCCUGCACAGGUAAGUUGUCUGCA